AGUUACCCUAUGUAAGCCAGAUUCACACACGUAUAUGCAUCGUCCUCCGACCGAGACCAGAUUUGUAAUCAUUAUAUACGAAAACAAUAAGCAACAACUUGCGAUAUUACAGGUGAGAAGAUCUACGUGUGACGCAACUGGAUGCUACUGAUGGACGUGCUCAUCCUGACGUAAGGCUAUCUUCAUGGCGAGAAGCAACAGCCUCCAGGUGCAGAAAAAUGAGUAAUCCUCAAGGUCAGCUUCCUCGUGGCAAUUUUCCUCUGCAACAGAGAGAACAAGGUCACUUUAACCAGCAACAACAACAACAACAACAACAACAACAACCAUGCCCUCCUUUACAACAGCAGAUGCAAAACACGCAAUACGCCCAGUCGCUAGGACAAGAUGGUCAGUUUGCCGUGAAAUCGGAAGGUUUUGGUCACUAUGGCCCCCAGCAGGAUCAAGUGGAGUUUCAGUCUCUCAUGGGGCCCAGUCUAGGGCUAAGUGGUCCCCAGUCUGUGAUGCAGCAUCAAAUAUCACAGGAGUAUCAGUCACCUGGGGAGGCCAGUCAAGGACGUUCACAGCAAUACUAUCAACACCAAGGCAUCCACCGGGGUAGCCAUCCUGUACAAAUGCCUAGCACAGAAUAUGGCGACCCACAGUCUGUGGCGCAACAACAACCUGAGGUGCCACAGUCAACUCUAGAAGCACAAGGGGAUUUACAUUCUACAAUGGCAACACAUCAAUAUCAGCACCAAGGCACCCCACAGGCAAGCAAGCCUGUAACAGGACCUAGUCAUGCAUACGGAGAUCCGCAGUCAAUGAUGAGAAAGGAGAGCCACGAUCUUUGGCAGAAAUGUUACUCAAUGAAGGGAGAUAAAGAAGAUCAACACAUACUGACAAGGCUGGGAAUACCGCAAGAGGGUGACCCAUCUCAUGACUGCAGUCAGCAUCAACCCCACCAAGGCGAGAGGUUCAACACAUCCCGUAUGCAUCAAAGCCUCCCACCUGACAACAAGCAUUCUGAUUUUCAUCCUUCCAAACAGACCAGUAACUCCUCUUCAGCAUACUCCGCAGGCCACUUCCAGGCCCAAGCUGAUCAAACUCAUGGUCCAGGUCCAAGACCAUAUACUAACGAUCAGCAGCAUCAGUUCCAGGCCCAAUCUGAUCAAACCCAUGGUCCGGGUCCAAGACCAUAUCCCAACGACCAGCAGUGCCACUUUCAGACCCAAGCUAAUAAAACCCAUGGUCCGGGACCAAGACCAUAUCCCAACGACCAGCAGCAUCAGUUCCCGGCCCAAGCUGACCGAACCCAUGGUCCGGGUCCAAGACCAUAUCCCAACGACCACCAGCACCACUUCCAGACCCAAACUGAUCAAACCCAUGGUCCGGAUCCAAGACCAUAUCCCAACGACCAGCAGCGCCACUUUCAGACCCAAGCUAAUCAAACCCAUGGUCCGGGUCCAAGAUCAUAUCCCAACGACCAGCAGCAUCAGUUCCAGGUCCAAUCUGAUCAAACCCAUGGUCCGGGACCAAGACCAUAUCCCAACGACCACCAGCACCACUUCCAGACCCAAACUGAUCAAACCCAUGGUCCGGAUCCAAGACCAUAUCCCAACGACCAGCAGCGCCACUUUCAGACCCAAGCUAAUCAAACCCAUGGUCCGGAUCCAAGAUCAUAUCCCAACGACCAGCAGCGUCAGUUCCAGGCCCAAACUGAUCAAACCCAUGGUCCGGGUCCAAGAUCAUAUCCCAACGACCAGCAGCGUCAGUUCCAGGUCCAAUCUGAUCAAACCCAUGGUCCGGGUCCAAGAUCAUAUCCCAAUGACCAGCAGCGUCAGUUCCAGGCCCAAUCUGAUCAAACCCAUGGUCCGGGUCCAAGAUCAUAUCCCAACGACCAGCAGCGUCAGUUCCAGGCCCAAUCUGAUCAAACCCAUGGUCCGGGACCAAGAUCAUAUCCCAACGACCAGCAGCGUCAGUUCCAGGCCCAAACUGAUCAAACCCAUGGUCCGGAUCCAAGAUCAUAUCCCAACGACCAGCAGCGUCAGUUCCAGGCCCAAACUGAUCAAACCCAUGGUCUGGAUCCAAGAUCAUAUCCCAACGACCAGCAGCGUCAGUUCCAGGCCGAAACUGAUCAAACUCAUGGUCCUGGUCCAAGACCAUAUACCAACGACCAGCAACAUCAGUUCCAGGCCCAAGCUGAUCUAACCUAUGGUCCAGUUCCAAGAUCAUAUCCCAACGACCAGCAGCGCCACUUUCAGACCCAAGCUGAUCAAACCCAUGGUCCGGUUCUAAGACCAUAUGCCAACGACCAACAGCGUCAGUUCCAGGUCCAAGCUGAUCAAACCCAUGGUCCGGUUCCAAGACCAUAUCCCAACGACCAGCAGCGUCAGUUCCCGGCCCAAACUGAUCAAGCCCAUAGUCCGGGUUUAAGACCAUAUCCCAACGACCAGCAACGUCAGUUCCAGGCCCAAACUGAUCAAACCCAUGAUCCGGGUCCAAGCAUAUAUCCAAACUAUCACCAGCAUCAGCCACAUCAACAAACAAAUCUACAAAGAAACGUCGGUCCAUUCCUACCAACACCAACAGGAAGCGGGCAACGUGACCCUUCAGCACGUCAUCUGCAAACCAACACAGAGAUGUUUGAACAGUGUUCCGUGAGUCUUGAGUACAUGCCUCACAGAGGACCCCACCACGCUGUUUCAUCAGACAGAGACCAGCCUCAUAAAUUACAGGGUGGCUAUGCUGUAACAGGGCCAAACCCAAACCUCCCAGGUGAUACGGCAGAGAGACCAACUAUCCAAUAUUCAACUGGAAAUCAUGGUUACCCUGCCGAUCAACCGAAUGAUCAAGUAUGUUCACCUUCAGAUGGUGCCACAGACUCUCAUAUUGACGAGCACAGACUCCUGCUUGUGAACAUUGGCCCUGGAACAACUGAGGACACUCUUGAGAACUUCCUUGAGUCAAAGGCUGAAGCUGAAGUGGAGAGAUUGGACUGGGCUGAAGACAAGAAGUCGGCCAUUGUUACAUUUAAUGCCCAACCAGACGUCCCAACAAUCUCUGCUGCAUGUAAAAGCACAAGGAUUGAAGGAAGUAACAUGGAAGUGAAGCCAGUUCCCAGGUCCAGAUGUCUGAAAGUAGGGGGAUUGUCCAGAAACACCACAAAAGAUAACGUCCGUUUCUACUUUGAGAACAAGAAGUAUGGAGGAGGACCCACUGAUGAGAUAGACCUAUGCAUGGAAACAAACUCUGCCUUGGUUCACUAUACACAAUAUGGAACUGCUGAAAAGGUAAUAGAAAAAGCUCCCCACAAGUUGCGAGAUCAUAUACUCGAUGUAAGAAUCCAUGUAGACCUCCCAGGAUUCACUCAAUGCACAGAUCAUGAGGACGGAUUCAGGAUCCUGGUGCUGGAUAUUGGGCCAAACACUUCCCAGGAUACCCUUGAGAACUUUCUGGAGGCCAAGGCCGGACAAGAAGUGAAGCAUGUUGAAUGGGGAAAUGGAAGGAAAGCGGCAGUUGUAACAUUUAAGGACAGGACAGGUGUCAAAACUAUUGUACAAUUGCGUGUCAUCAGCAUACAAAUGAUCAUUAAUGGCACAGUUUCUAAUGACUUGAGAGCCAGGCUUGCUCCAGUGGCAGAGAGGGUUUGUCAAUUAACCCACAAAUUAAAGGAGCAUGUCCUGACUGUUACAAUGCACACAGACACGCCAGGCUUUGUACCUGAUGGUUCUACAGCUGGCAAGACGAAGGGCAAGAGGAGUCCCUCUGAUGACGAUGGCCCAGCAGAGACAGAGGACGAAGUCCCAGAUGACAAGAAAAUGCUGAUCCUGAAUAUUGCAACAGGAACUUCCCGGGAUACACUGGAGAACUUCCUCGAGAGCAAAGCUGCAGUUGAUGUGGCGGACAUCCAGUGGGGAGGAGGAGACUCCUGCAAGUCUGCUCUCGUCACCUUUCACAGCAGGCCAUGUUUUGCCACAGUAAAGGAAGCAUGUUCAAAGAAAAUGGUAGAAGGACACAGGCUAAAGGCCAAGCAAGUUAUGAAGUCUAGAUGCUUGAGAGUGACAGGACUACCAGACAAUGCAAGCGAGGACGAUGUAUACCUUUUCUUCGAAAACAAGAGAAGAGGAGGACCUCUGAAAGAAAUGCGUUUCACCCCUGGAGAACCUACAGCAUACUUGUGGUUUAAAGAAUAUGGGGUGGCUGAGAAACUGUGUGCUCAGACCCUUAAGCUAAAGGACAAAAUACUGAAAGUAAACUUGCAUGUAGAUAUAGCAGAAUUCAUGCCAAAGGAGUCUGAAAAGGAAAAGGGGAAUUGUUCAGGAACACUCCAGGCUGAAACGGUAGCAUUCUCAGAAACUGAAGGUCAUUCUCAGUGGCGAUAUUUAGUUAAAUCAGUUGAUGCACGUAUCACACGGUACAUCAGUAAAUCUGAGCCAGAGAAGACAAAGCUUCAGGAUGAUUUGAAAAGGCACCAGUGUGGAAUCCGGUUCAUCCAGCAGCCUAAUGGUGUGAUACUGGAAGCCACCUAUAACGGAACAAAGACGGAAGGUAUCGACAAGAAGGUGUGGAUGAAAAGAGCUGAUGCAGCACUUCAAGAUUCUCUGGAGGAGAUGGACUUAACAGUUGAAACACUGAAAAUCCCGGAUGAAAACAUAAUGGACGGAGAUCAAAUGAAACAAGAUUUCCAGAAGACACUGGCAAUGAUGAAUGUCAGAAUAUAUGGAGGUUUCGGUCAAUUCCAUGUAGUUGGAUGUAGAGAAAGGGUGAAGGAGGCUAUGGAAUCUCUGAAUGAAAUGUUGGUUUCAGCUGGACCUAAAGAAAGUGAUACACUGCUUAUCAAGAAUUACCAGAUACGUUACCUGCAAAGGUCCAGUUUUUUGUUGCGUUGUAGCAAGAAGCACCCCAGGGUCGAAGUUCAUUUGAAAGUCCGAGAGGAUUCAGUGACCAUAGAGGGACCCAAAGCUGAGGUUCAGAGUGUAAAAAUAAUGAUUCACGAAGAACUCAAUUCACUUCAAAACGACAGCCUCACUUUCAAGACAAAAGAAGCUGUAGAAAUCUUGAAUACUUCUUCCUUACCCCAGCAACUGGAGGAUUCUGGUGUGGUAUGCUCAUGGCAGAAGGAGGACCUUAACAGGGUUAGUCUAUAUUGUCCAAACGCUGAUGACAUAUGCAGAGCUAAAGCCAUCAUUAAAAAGAUAAUUUGUGAAGAGAUUAUUCCUCUGGAUAAAUCAUCCUCUAACAGCUUACAAUCAGCAGAUUGGCGGGAAAAGCAAAAGCAACUCGUGGAAUCUAACCGAGGACAGCUUCAGAUAGGUGUGGUAAAUGAUGCAGUUAUGGUGGCAGGUGAUCAAAGCAUCUUUCAGGAUAUUGUCUCAGAAAUUGAUAAAUAUUUUGACAUCAACUCUGUGAGGGAAUAUUUUCUAAAGGCUGAAGAGCCAUGUGCCAGAUUCCUGCAAGCCCAUUGCCAUAAAAAGGUUCGACAACUGGAGCUAAAUCUUCAGGAUUUUAAAGUGCACAUCAAUUUUGGAGAUGGUUCUUUUGCAUGUGGAUUUACAAUUACUGGAUUAAAUGAUGGAAUAAAUAAGACCAGGAAAGAACUGGAGAAGCUGCUUUCAUCCGUAAAAUCAAAAGACCACAGUCUCAUGGUACCGGGGAUCAAACACUUCUUCUUGAAAGGUAGAGGGAAAGAACUACUUACUGGCAUUGAACAUCAGACACAAACAAUUAUUCGGCCUAAAGACCUUCUGCAAAAGAUACCUACUGUCACUAAGUCCUGGACUCUGCCUCAUGAUCACAUUGUGUCAGUGGUAAAAGGAGACAUAUGCACCUUAAAAGUUGAUGCUAUUGCCUACACAGCAAACACAGACCUUAAAUUUGCGGCUGGCCUUUCUAAAGUCAUCGUUGCAAAGGGGGGUAAGAGCAUACAGGAGGAGAGUGCAGUGCGGAUCAAUAUGAAAGGUCGCCCAUCUGUUGGAGAGGUCGUCUGCACUGGUGCUGGUCGUCUGCCAUGCAAGUAUAUACUUCACUCAGUGUCCCCGAAGUGGCGGGAAGGGAAACAUGGAGAGAGAGAUGCCUUGCAGGAAACGAUGAUGAACAUUUUGAGGCAGUGUAAGAGAAAACGUGUGCGCAGCCUGGCACUGCCUGCAAUCAGCACUGGACUCGGGUACCCCCUUGCAGAAGCAGUAAAGGUGAUUCUAGAGACUCUUCACAAGAAUUUGGACAAGGAACACACUGACCUUCGAGAAAUCAUCCUCUGUGACAUUAAGUCCAGUGUUGUCCGACAAUUUAUCAAAACGUCCGACAGUAUAUUUCAUGGAACAAGAUCAAAACGUGUGGAGAGUACGAAGAAAGAAGAGGAAGAGUGGGGGGAGGAAGAAGGGGAGAAGAACGUGGAGAUGGAGGAGGGCCAAAAGGAGACUGACGAAGGGUCGGAGGGAGAUGAAGAGGACUCACAGAGCAUGUUUUGUAGCGACUCGGACGACCUAUCAGAUGCAGAAGACCACCCUGAAAGAAUACAAGUAAUUGUUGGAGAAUUGUCUAGGCAAAAGGCUGACGUCCUAGUUAACCCAACUGGGAAGGAUCUCAACAUGUCGGUGGGUGCUGUAUCCAGAUGCCUGCUGGAGGCGGGAGGUAAGGCCAUACAGACUGCCUGUAAGGAGAAGUAUCCCUCGGGCCUGAAAACUGGACAUGUUGCAGUGACAACAGGCGGGAAUCUCCGAUGUAAGGAGAUAUACCACGGGAUCCUCCAGGCGUGGAACAACGGAAAAGAUGCACCAGACUUGGUCUUGCAGAAUCUGGUGAAGCGGUGUUUGGAAAAAGCCGAUGUCCAUGGGUACCUCUCUGUGGCCUUCCCAGCACUUGGAACGGGAAAGUUGGGAUUCCCUGCAGACAUCUCGGCCAGUCUCAUGUUUAAGGUUGCUUCCAAGUUCCUGGAGGAGCAUCCUGGAACAUCAGUCCAGACAAUCUACUUCAUUGUACACCACAAAGACAUUCCCGUCAAGAAGGCAUUUGAGGCAGAAAGCAGAAAAUCAGUCCACAAUUGUAAUCCCACGGACCACAGGGGGAAUGCCGGGACACGUCAUCAAGACUCCAAGGGAGAUAAUCAAGAUACCUUCACAUUUGGUUCUGUGGAGAUCAAGAUCGUCCAAGGAGAUCUGACCAAGGAGAAGACAGACUGCAUCGUCAGUUCAAGCGGGGAAUCAUUUGACCUCAAGCAUGGCGCUGUUUCCAAGGCUCUGUUGUCCGCAGCAGGGUCCCAACUUCAGGACGAGUGCACCUCCAAAACGGACGAGCUAUCCUCGACAGGCCUUGUCCUGACCCAGGGGUACAAGCUGCACUGUAACAAUGUCCUUCACUUGAAGGUCCAAACGUCGGCAUGGGGGUGGGGCUCCACCCUUCUGGAGUGUCUGAAGAAGGCUGAGGGAGAGGGAAUGACGUCACUGUCCAUGCCGGCUCUUGGUACAGGAGGUCAGAAGAUAGCCCCGUUCAAGAUGGCGUCGUCGCUGCUGUAUGCCGUGAAGAAGUUCGCAGACACACACAGUCAGCCGGCCCUCCAGAGUAUCCGGGUAGUCAUCUUCCAGUCGAGCAUGGUCAACACAUACAGGGCUGUGUUUGCCGGGAAGCAGUCGGGGAGAGACGCGCCAAGCAGACGGCACGGGCACAAGGAGAGAGAUAGUGCAGACAACAGACCAGGCACGCGCCACCAUGGUGCCUCUCACAGAGUGAGAGCAGACGACAAGGUUGUUUUACGUAUCUACUCUGACUCCUGGACGAACAUCACCGCAGCUAGAGAUCGGCUUAAGGAACUGUGUGCAGACGAGUUUCAACACAAAACUAUCGGUGACAAAUGGGCAAACAAAAUUGAGAAGUUGGAUACUGAAGAGAUGUCCCGGUUGGAGGGUGUCGCCGGGGAGCACGAUGUCGUCAUCGUCCGCAGGGGGUCUGCACUAGAGAUCACAGGCAGGGUCAGGAACGUGGGGCAGGUCCAUGAGAAGAUCUUGGAAUUAUUUCAGAACGAGGCUACGAACGCCCACAUGAAGGAGGAGGCGAAGUUGGUGGCGAAUCUGGUGGAGUGGAUGUAUGUGGUGGACGGCAAACCGAGGCCUUUCACUAUGGGCCUCAACUGCUGUUUAGAGAAGGCAUAUAAAGCUAAGGAAAAGAAACUGGAAAUAAAAGACGCCAGAGGAAGAGCCUAUUCUGUUGAUUUUCAGAAGAUGACAGAAUUGCCCAAGACAGGUGGAAAACCGAUAAAGAUUGAAAGAACUGAGAAAGCAAUACGUGGUGGUCUGUCCAAGAUGGUGAAGGGGGAGAAGGAGGCCCUGGCUGGAACCAAGACAGUAUACUUCCCCUUGACACCAAAACGUGCCUUCAAAGGUAACGCCGAGGAUCUUCACUUCCGGACAGCGGAGUCUCAGUUCUACAGACUUCUGGGCACCUCGGGGUCAACGUACUGCGUGACGAAGGUGGACUACGUGGUCAACCCGGCUCUCAUCAAGAAAUUUAGGGCGGCUCAGGUGGCCAUGAAAGCAAAACGAGGCCCAGACAAGGCGGAGCCGGUGUUAGCUUUCCACGGGACAAACGUGGCAUACAUUGAGAAGAUAUGUGAAGGUGGCUUUAAGAAACCAGGUGACCCUGGGUUUGUUGCAAAGACUGACACCGGCUAUUACGGGAGCGGAGUGUACUUCAGCGAAUAUCCCGAGUAUUCCAUGGGCUACAUCGCUGGAGCUCAGAAAAUCCUUCUGUCUCAAGUCAUCCUUGGAGAGGUGUUCCACUGCACGGCCCUCAUGAAUGGCGCAGCUCUUAAGCCAGGAUAUGAUUCUCACACCUCACCAGACGGAAAGGAGCUAAUAAUCUUUGACACCGCCUGCAUACUUCCGUGCUUCAUCGUCCACUACGGCCCCUCACAGGGGGUGUUCACAUACACCACCUAGACACCACCUUCCCCUACUACGUGCUUCAUCGUCCACUACGGCCCCUCACUAGGGAUGUUCACAUACACCACCUAGACACCACCUUCCCCGUGCUUCAUCGUCCACUACGGCCCCUCACUAGGGGUGUUCACAUACACCAC